AUGGCGAUCCUGAGACUGAAGAAAGGGCUUAAGGAGGAGGUAUUGAGCAAGAGUGAAUCAUGGCGGCUAGCUGAGAUCAUCUCCGGGAAUGGGCGCACAUAUAUUGUCAAGUAUGAUGGUCAUCAACCGGGCAUGGCUGAGGUCACUGAAAGGGUGCCGAGAAAGGUCAUCAGGCCAUUGCCUCCAUCAAUGGAUGGAGUGAUGUAUUGGUCUCCUGGUGACACCGUAGAAGCACUAGAGGAUCACUCAUGGAAGCUGGCACAGGUCUCGAAUCGGGCUACAAGGGACUAUUAUUUUGUUACAAUUCUCGGAUCCUCUAAGCAUAUCAUAGCCCAUAAAUCUGAACUUAGGGUGCGGCAAGCUUGGAAAGACAACCAUUGGGUUAUAAUUCAGAAGGAUGCUGCUAGAUUUGAGGAUGGGAACUUGGUCAAAAUUGUAGUAGAAGAAGAGUUCAACACUCAUGUACCUCAUCCUUCUCGAAAGGGGAAAAACCAUGAAGUAGAAAGGCAGGCUCCACAUAAUGAUUACUGUGGUUUUGUGGAUGGUCAAAGGAAAAGGCGAUGCAUCUACUUGUCUGAACAUAAGCAUGAUUCCUCGAGUCAUGCAGAAAAUGGGUUUGCUAAUGCACCAAGAGAACUUAAUGAUGCCCAGAGUGUUUCAUCCUCCAUUGGUAACUGCAGUCCUUGCAGAAGUCCUUAUACUUCAUGCUGCAAUCCUGCAACUUGUCGAACUCGAGAUAUGGAUAACCUUUUGGAUGAUGCUAAUGCAUGCGUGCUAGCUGCAGAGGAGAAGUACAAUGAAGCUAUGCUUAGUACUGCCAAACGCCUAGUUGCUGCCGUUGAAGGGCUGCCAGAUCCUGGAGGACCGAAGUUCCAAGAAAACAAGCGUGAAUCCAACUUCAAGACUAGGGAAGAGACUGAAGAGAAAUAG